UCUCCCAGUUCCUAUCGUAUAAUAGAGCAGAGCAGACUGCUUCGUCCCUCCGCGAGCUAUGGCGCAAAUUGUGUGAUCAUCGAUCGCAAUUAGAGGGUGGGUUGAGUUGAUAACACAGUAUAGUAAAGUGACUUAGAGUGCAGCCUACCUGCUAGUGAUCCGGAACCUUUGAUUGUCGUGCGUGCGAUUGUUGUGUUAAUUAGUCUGCUAUUGGGUGAAUCUUCGAUUUUUCCGCUACAUUUAGCUGAUGUUUUAGAUGUGUGGCAGUGACACGCCGAAACCGGUUCCAAUGUUUAUUUGUUUUCAUAUGGUGGUGUGUAGAGUGAUGCAAAACUGGCCUGCGGUUCUGGUUUUAUGAAACUGGUCGCGACCGAUCGACGACGGAAGACCGAACGCUAAAAACGCGUGAUUGAACUAGUCUAAAGUCGGAGUAUCGGAGCGAGCGUCUGUCAUCAGCACUUCAGCAGCCUUGUCUUGUCGUGCGUGAAACGAUCGACCCGAGAGAAGGCCGCAGAACCAGAAUGCUGCACCAUCAGAGCUUCGUCGCGUUUACCAUCAUCUGCGGAUUAGUUACGUUCUCACUCAGUUUCACCGUCAUCAGUGGAGACCAAUUAUACGAGAACGAUGAUUGUCAGCUGCAAAACGGUUCGGCGGGGAUCUGCACGGUCGACAUCAAAUGUGAUUGGUUUGUAUCGAACGUUAUUCGCAAGAAGUUGGUUCCGUACAGUACCACGAGGAGGUGUGGCUUCAAGGGUAAAGCUGAGAUCGUUUGCUGUCCAAAGGAGCAGUCGCUAAGCCAAUUGCAGGACAGUGGGGGAGGAGACAAAGGUUUGGGCACCCGUGGGUCCGAUCGGAAGGCAACGCAAGCCUGUCAACACUUCAAGGGAACAACCAAGCUGGCGCAGCACAUCAUCGGUGGUGAGGACGCACAGGAGGGGGACGCUCCGUUUAUUGCUGCGUUGGGGUACAACUCGACCGCAGCUGGCCAACGUUAUGAAUGGGGUUGUGGUGCAACUUUGAUUUCCGCUCGAUUCCUCCUUACAGCCGCCCACUGCAUCCGUUCCAAUCGGCGUCCAGUGGUGGCACGAAUGGGAACCCUAAAACUGGACCAUUCGGAUGAGCCAGAUCUCAUACGAGACUCUGAGCUGAAGAACUUUUACCCACAUCCGAAAUACACGCCAAAAUAUAAGUAUCACGAUAUCGCACUAAUCGAGGUGGUCACUCCAUUCGAGUACGAGGACAACGUGAACCGAGCAUGUUUGCAUACUAAUACAGAGGAUUUGCCUUCGACGCAAACGUUGGUCGCAUCCGGCUGGGGUUUGACAGAAGCGGACACGAGAUCGGAUCAACUGCUUAAGGUUAAUCUAACGACGGAACCUUUGGAUCAGUGCGAUAAGGCGUACCGCGCAGAGGUUGGCACGUUGCUUGCUAAGUUUCCAGAGGGUAUAACUGCAGAACAGUACUGCGCUAUCGGUGCACAGGUUGGAGGCUUGCGUCGUGACUCCUGCCAGGGUGACUCUGGUGGACCGUUGCAUUAUACGAACACUGAGGAGGAACGGUACUACCUAGUGGGGAUCAUAUCGUUCGGGCUGGGAUGUGGAGCGACGGCCAGCGUUUACAUCCGAGUGGCCGCCUAUCUCGAUUGGAUUGAGCCGAUCGUUUGGCCAAACAGCGCAUCGCUAACCGAUGAUCGCGAGGAAGGGUUUCGUCAAACCAGUUCCAGUGCAGUAUUGAAUGGUUGUGCGUUGAUUGACAACUUAUUGGCUGCCGAGAGAAUGUUCGGCACUCACUCUCCCCAAAUGUUUUUUCCUGUUUCCUACCUAAAACAACACUCCAUGCAAAGCCGUCUUGGAUCUGCGGAGUUUGACAGCUGACUUGGUACCUAAUCUAUAAUACUUUUCAAAUUACUCAGUCCCUUCACAAUAAACUGGAGAGAUUAACUGAUGUCAUGCAUCAACGAUUCACUCAAUUCUCCAUUCUCAAACGUAUUAGCCUGUUGCUGUUGUUAGGAGCUCUCCGUUAAACCGAAAAUCGUCCCUCUUAUUAAAUGUCCUACAUGCUAUGCAAUUACCUUUCAGUGCCAAGUUUCACGGUGAAGGACAAGACAAGUGGUAAUUUUUUAUCCGAGGUAAUCUUCUGUUGUAAUGAACUAUUAUAUGGAAACACAAGCUGCCGAUGCCGAAUGUGAAUGCUAGGAAGUACCGAGCUAGGUUAUGUCUGGCGUUGUCGAUCAGGUUUGUGAGUAAGACGAAAAACUUGCUGUCAAGCAGGAUGGUGGCGUGUGUAAAGUCGUCUGUUUGGCCAAGGAGAGGCAGCAGGUAAGUUCAGUGAACUCCUGGGCCAUUCAUCCGUAAUACCUUUAUUGGGAUUUAAUGCAUUUUUCAGCAGAAAUAAUUCUGAGCAAACAAAGAAGGGGUUUAUCCAAGUGGAAGGCGCGAGAUGACAGACGAAUUAUUUGAUUCGUUAUCUCGGAGUCAUGCAUAAUCCAGUCAAUAUCCGUUAUUUUAUUUGUUUUUCAGAUGCAUUUUGAUUCAAAUUUUUAUAUAAGAAUUGAAGGUGGAUUCACGAGUGUUAUCUUCUCAACGAAUGACAGUAAACACAAUUUGCUCUGGAGGUCGCACACACUUGUACUGGUCAGAAGGACGACGUGAACUACUAACGAUUUAAAAUCGGCUCUCCUGCUAUCCCGCUUACCGAUGUCUUUUAAAUUUAAAACUUAUUCAAAAAAAUACAAUUUAAUAGUGUAAUCUGGAAAAUAUUCAGAACUGUGCAUUUGUGUUUCUUCUCUCUCUCUCAGGGUUCUACGUAGUAAGCCGGCGCUUACCACGACUGAACUGAGGCAAACGUUCGACGCAGCAAUCAACUGACAGUAGAAUUAUCAUAAACUAAGCGGACAUCCCUUUUCAAAAACCAGUUCUAGUGCAGUUUGCGGUUUGACGAUCGAUAUCUCUCCGAUCUACUGAUUCACAUCGGCUCUCAGUUUUUCGUGCUGAGAAUGUCACUCAUUCUCACCGAAAUCCGCUCCAAUCGAUGACGAUCGUGGAUGCUCCACUCGCUCCCCAGUAGUUAACGGUUGAGGUUCUGAGCGUUAAGGUCGAAUUCACGUUCAUCGUCGCUCGCGGGGCUAAUUAACGAUAGUUUUAGUUCGUCAAUGUUUUGUUUUUGUGACCGCACAACUAGUGUGUGAAGCAGAAGGAAGGUCAUGCUGUUCGGUACAAUAGAAUUCACCUGGGAGAAAUGAUCUACAAGAGAUUUUCUUGAUCAGCACACAGGAGAUCAUAGAUUCGAUCAGUUUAGCACAUGUUUACCUAUGUAGUCUCACAAACUGAUACACGAGCGCACGCAUAAAGUGGAAUUGAUCAAGCAAAAAAUUGGCUCAUCUCACGUGUAACUAGGCAGC